AUGGCGGGCCAGGUGGUGGGCCUCCUGAGGGAGGUGGAGAGGCUGGAGGAGCCCCUGGAGGAGCUUCGCGCCCUCCAUUCCGCCCUGCAGGCCCUGCCCACCAACCUGCUGAGGGAGCAGGCGGAGGAACUCCGGCUGGGGCAUCUCUUCCGGCUGCUGAACGUGAAUCACAGGGAACAGACUGCUUUGUGUGUGUCCAUUUUGGAGCGGUGUCUUCAAGCCAUGGAGCCGCUGCAUAUAGCCCGAAACCUCAGGGAAGAACUUCAUAGAGGACUUUCCCAUCCAGAUGAUUCCGUUAAGAUUCUCACGUUGAGCCAGGUUGAAAGAAUCGUUGAAAAUUCUGAUGCUGUUUCUGAGAUUCUCAAUAAUCCUGAACUAUUGAAACAAGUCAUUUAUUGCAUUGGUGAUGAGAAAUUAGCUGUGGCUAAAGCGGUCAUUAAAUCCCUGUCAAGAAUAUCCUUGACCCAAGCUGGAAUGGAGUGUUUAUUUGAAAGCAACCUCUUAGAUGAUUUAAAGAAUGUUAUGAAAACAAGUGACAUUGUACGAUACAGAGUUUAUGAGCUAAUAGUAAAGAUUUCUUCUGUGUCAGCAGAGUCUUUGAACUACUGCACUAACACUGGAUUAGUUACACAACUCAUCAGAGAACUGACUGGAGAAGAUGUGCUAGUCAGAGCUACCUGUAUAGAAAUGAUAACUUCCCUGGCACACGCUCCUCAUGGGCGACAAUACCUUGCCCAAGAAGGAAUCAUAGAUAAGAUUUCUAACAUCAUUGUUGGUGCCGAUUCGGAUCCUUUUUCCAGUUUCUAUUUGCCAGGUUUCGUGAAGUUUUUUGGAAAUCUGGCUAUUGUGGAUAGUCCUCAACAGAUAUGUGAGAGAUACCCUGUUUUUUUAGAAAAAGUCUUUGAAAUGGCAGAAGGCCAGGACCCCACCAUGAUAGGUGUGGCCGUGGACACCAUAGGAAUACUGGGCUCGAAUGUGGAAGGGAAGCAGGUCUUACAGAAAACAGGAAGUCGAUUUGAGCACCUGCUAACGAGAAUAGGCCACCAGGCGAAGAAUGCCCCAACUGAACUAAAAAUUCGCUGUUUAGAUGCAGUUUCUUCCCUCUUUCAUUUACCACCAGACCAACAGACAGAAGAUCUCCUAAGGAUGACUGAAUCCUGGUUCUCAUCCUUAACCCGGGAGCCACUGGAACUCUUCAGGGGCAUCAGCACCCAGCCCUUUCCUGAACUGCACUGUGCAGCUUUAAAAGUAUUCACUGCCAUUGCAAACCAGCCCUGGGCUCAGAAGCUGAUGUUCAGCAGCCCGGGAUUUGUGGAGUAUGUUGUGGAUCGAUCUGUAGAGCAUGAUAAACCUUCAAAGGAUGCCAAAUACGAACUGGUGAAAGCACUUGCAAAUUCCAAAACAACUGCAGAAAUCUUUGGGAAUCAAUACUAUUUAAAGCUCAGGUCUUACCUGAGUGAGGGGCCAUAUUAUGUCAAGCCAGUUUCCACUACAGCUGUAGAAGGGGCAGAGUAAUGUCUCUAUACCCAUUUACAUGAACCAACAAUGAUUGAAGUAGCUUUCAGAGUCAUGAAUUUAUUCACUUUUAGUUCAAGCAUCUGAGACAGGAAAUAACUUUUGGGUACGCCUGCACGUUUUUUGAGUAUCAUGGUAUAUAUGGCAGCUUGUUUGCUAAGCGUUUGUUGUGAAACAGUCCUGAAAUACCUUGCAGAAUGGGUUGUAAGCACUUUGAUACAAUUUGGAAGUUUGUUUUUUUUUACUUUUCAGAGAAAAAGAUUUGGUCUUUUAUUUGAACGAAGGAAUUUUCACGUUCUUACCAUACCCAUGUAGUCUUGCCAAAACAAGAUUAUAACAAAUAGGAGCAUAGCCACAAAGACUGGAAAAUGUUGUAACAAUGUGGAAUUUUUUUUUAAUUCAUGUAUCCACUGGCAGAGUCUGGUUUAAUUUCAAAGGGAAUCUAAUUACAUUCUGAAUUUUCUUCAGUCUUGGGCAUUAGAUUACUUUUAAAUCUACUUUGAAACAACUGGAUGUAAAUAUUUUUUGGUUAUAGAGACUGUGGAAAAAUUAUGUUCUCUAUACUUCGUAAUAAGAUUAAACUAAUGAUUUUGAAUUACA